UAUAAGGCCCCAGACCCAGCUCUUCUGCUGCCCUGCCAUCGACUGCCCUGGAGCUGCAUCGAGAACCAUGGUGCCCAGGACCCUUGCUCCUGUGUGUGUAUUAGUCUUUCUUCUCCUCCAGCACUCAAAGGCUGUCACAGAUGCCCCCAUGGGCCCAGGGCUGUGGCUAUGUCAGCAGGCGCCCAGGUGUGGGGACAAGAUCUACAACCCCUUGGAGCAGUGCUGUAAUGAUGACACCAUCCUGCCCCUGAAUCGGACCAACCUCUGUGGCCCUAAUUGCACCUUCUGGCCCUGCUUUGAGCUCUGCUGUCCUGAGUCCUUUGACCCCAAGAAGUAUGUUGUAAAGUUGAAGGUUCUGGGCGUGAAGUCUCGAUGCUAUUCCUCCCCCAUCUCCGGGGACUGUGCCAGCAGAAAGACGUUUUCUCAUUUGGAAAGAUAUUGAAGAAAAUAAAUUUCCACUAAGGCAGCUUGGAAAGGAAGGCUGGGGCAGGCAUCAGCAUCUGGGCAAUGAAGAGCCUGGGAUUUCCACCUUGGAGAGACCUUAGCUGACUGCCACUUGGUUUUCCCAGUGUGCUCCAUUUUAACGUCUGCCCAUUAUCUCUGUCACUGCUCCCUUGUCCUUCGGUCCCUCUGUCCUGAUUCACCACCCUUGCUGAUACGUGCUAAUCAAUCACCUCACGGAGGUGCCGUGUACCAUAGGCACCCGUGAUUCUUUGGUGGCUCUAGGAAACCCCUUUUGCUAUUAAAUAUCCAUGGGAUUCUGCUGCAAAAACAAUGUGCUCUUCAGACUCGUAACUUCUCUGGAGAAGAUUUUCCAGCAUGUAUCAGACUUGCUUGUACUUCUGUAUGGCCUCCUAACUUAAGAGAUAUGACAGGUGCCAGUAGGCCUAUUGGGCAACUCCUAGCUGCUGAGUUCAUUAUGGUUCAAGUUGCUAAUGGCAUGUGGGAAAGAGUCUUCAUUCUUGCAAGAGCAGAGUGGAAGGAUCUAGUAAGGCUCAUAGGCUUCACCCUUAGAGAUAACACCCAAGAGAGAUUACUACAGUGUUCUGUGUC